AUGCGAGAUCCGAGCAGGCGACUGAACUGCGCGGUCGCAUUCCGCCCAGACUUCCCCUCCGCCAGCGGCCUGGUUGCUUUGAGAUGAGCUGAAGAUGUCGGUUUCGGGGCUGAAGGCCGAACUGAAGUUUCUGGAGUCAAUCUUUGACCCAAACCACGAGCGAUUCAGAAUAAUUGACUGGAAACCCGAUGAGCUGAGUUGUCAGUUCAACGUAACGAGAGAGAAGCUGCUGAUCAUCCACUGCAACAUCACGGAGUCCUACCCCUCAACUCCGCCCAUUUGGUUUGUUGACUCAGAUGAUCCUAGUCUGGCUGAAGUGUUGGAGCGUUUGGAGGAUGUGAGGAAAGGCAGCACGUUGCUUCUUCAGCAGCUGAAGCGCCUCAUUUGCGAUCUCUGUCGACUUUAUAACCUGCCACAGCAUCCAGAUGUGGAAAUGCUGGACCAGCCUCUACCUGCUGGUCCGAUUACCCAGGAGCGUAAGCACGGGCCUUCAGAUGAGGUGACGUCUGAAGAGGAAGAGGAAGAAGAAAUGGGAGAGCAGGACAUAGACUUGGACCCAGACCUGGACCAUUACGAAAUGAAAGACGAGGAACCAGCAGAAGGCAAGAAGUCAGAAGAUGAUGGAAUAGAGAAAGAAAAUCUGGCCAUCUUGGAAAAAAUCCGCAAAAACCAGAGACAAGAUCACUUAAAUGGUGCAGUCUCCGGUUCAGUACAAGCCUCGGAUCGUCUAAUGAAGGAGCUCAGGGAGAUCUACAGGUCACCGAGUUACAAGACAGGUAUUUAUUCAGUCGAACUAGUCAAUGACAGUCUUUAUGAUUGGCACGUCAAGUUAAAGAAGGUAGACCCUGAUAGUCCGUUACAUAGUGACCUGCAGGUUUUAAAAGAAAAGGAAGGAGUGGACUUCAUUCUGCUCAAUUUCUCUUAUAAAGAUAAUUUUCCUUUCGACCCACCUUUUGUACGGGUCGUGUCACCCGUGCUGUCCGGAGGGUAUGUCCUGGGAGGAGGAGCCUUGUGCAUGGAGCUUCUCACAAAACAGGGAUGGAGCAGUGCCUAUUCAAUAGAAUCUGUCAUUAUGCAGAUAAAUGCAACUCUGGUUAAAGGCAAAGCCAGGGUGCAGUUUGGAGCCAAUAAGAACCAGUACAAUCUUGCCAGAGCACAACAGUCGUACAAAUCCCUGGUGCAGAUUCACGAAAAGAACGGCUGGUACACACCGCCCAAAGAAGACGGAUAAGGAGCCGCCUCCUCUAUGCACUGGGAACACAUCUUUGGGUCAUCUUGUUUUUCCUUCGGAAUACUUUCCCCCUCUUCUUGGACUGAACUGGGAAUAUAUCUUUUUUUUGUUUUUGGUUUUUUUCUUCUCACAGAAACCAUCUCGCUGGCUUCUCUGACAAGUAUUCUGUCGCUCGGCUCCAGGAAAGAUUUAACUCUGGUCUCACUCCCGCCCUCCUCUUCUUCCACCUCAGUGUUUUUAGUGCCGAAGGAGAACACAAGGCUAACACUUGUCCUGUUUUUUCUUAAAAAAAAAAAAGAAUGCCCGUUUGUCUUUUUUUUUUUUGGAAAAAAGAAGAAUGAUCCCCCUCAGUUUCCCCCUCCUCGUUACGCGGGAAUUUUAAAAGCUGAAGCUCUUGAAAAGGCACCUCAUUGCACCUGUUUUUAAUUGACUGUGAUCAUUUUUGUUUUGUUUUCUUUAAACAUUGACAGGUACAUACAUGCAUUUAUUGUUUUAGAGGAAUUGUUUUGACUUCUUUUUUUUUCUUUCUUAUUUGAACAUUCUAGGCAAUAAAAAGAUGCCGAUUUCUUACGUUCAUCUGAAAAUUAAAAUGUCCUGCUGCCCCAGAUCUUUUAGUUCUUAUUAAAACCAACAUUUGGCCACAAUCUGAAGACGCUGCAGUUUUGAUCAGGAUUUAGAAACAUCAGCUGAUUAUAUAAUGUGUGCGUGUUUUUAACAGUUGAAGCUAAAAGGCUCUUUCCUUGCCUUUUUCUUUUAAUCACCCUCCUGCAAGUGCUAAUGUUUUUAUAUUUUGAGGUUGAUGGCUGGUUUGUCGUCAACAUUAACAGCAUGUUUUGCAGGCGUCACGUCUCACCUGUUAUUUGAUUUCAGCUAGUCGGUUCAGCAGAAGUGCUGGAUAAGACUUUAAAUAGGAAAUAAUCCGAGGUAGUAAGAACUCAGAGUUCCUCAUCAGUCUGCCUGUUUUUACAGCGAACACGUCAUCUUUCUCACAUGAAGCGUGCCUGUGUUGUUGUUUUUUUAAUGAGUCUAAAACUGGAUUACUCUGUUAAUGUUCUGCAGCUCUGUCGUUCAUUAAAGCGCUGCAGUCAGACUCUCCAUUCAUGACUUUAAUGUAUUCAUCAGGCAUAUUGGAGCGUUAUUGGUGAGAAACUAAAUUUUAAACGAAGGUUCCCAGAUACAAAAUAAAUAAAGCUAAAAUGUUGCAGGGAUGAUGUGCAACAUGUUGUUUUUGUUGCUGGGAAUUUUAAAUUUCUGUUCUUUUUGUUCAUCAAGUACAGUGUUGACAUUGUAGGAGCACCGAAACAGAACCGGUUUAAGGAUCAGAACCCCCUGUUUGGGAUGUAGGACGGGACCAGUUUUUACUUUUAACCCCCUCCCUCCAACUUCUGGAGCCUUUUAAAAGUAAAAUAUACACAAAGAUUAAUUUUAUUGCCCACCAUUUAAAUCUAUUUGAGGCUAAACUGUAGGGAAUUUCCACUUCUGUGUGUUUUCAGUGUUUCUCAGUAUCGAACCACACUUAACCUCAGUAAUGCAAUAUACUGCAGUACUCUGAGUACUGCUGCCUCCCCUCCACACCACAGGACACACACUGUAUCACUCCGACGGCUCUUUUUGCAGUUUGUCAACACUGUCUGCAAAAGUUUGUCUGAACGACAACUCAGGUAAUCCACAACACAUAGGAAGAGGUUGUUUUUAGGAUUAACUCAUCAACUAAUUCGCCCUCAUCUGAUGUCUGAAAACAAGACACGAUCUUUGUUGCACCUCUCCUUUUGUUUUUCUGUAAUUGAAAUAAUGGAAGUAGAAGAGAUUUCAAAAUAAGAUGUGGGGUUGCAGCCGCUUGAUGACCUCAGUAUCUACCGUAGUGUUUUUGUUUACUCCCAGUUUUAGUGUAAACAGUUUGCAUCUGCGGGGAAACACGUGAGCUGAUUUUUUUUUUUCAAAUCAGGAAUAAAACUAUUUAUCUGUGCUCUGGUUUCAUAUUCUGCUGUUUGCUACAUGUGUCGCGUUUUUUUUGAGAGGGGAAGCAACCAACUUGACGACAGGCCGGUGUUCGCAAAGUAUUUUUUUUUCAUCCUGAAUAAAGCAUCUGAAAUGCCAAAAGUGAUGACAGGAAAUGUAAAAAUGUGUUCUCUAACUGGACUUGAGUGUUAGAGGGGAAAAAAAUUGUUAAUUGACUCAAUUAUCAGCUCAUUUUUCUGUCAACAGAUUCACACAAUUAUUAUUAUUAUUAUUUUGGCUCACUUUGAUUUCUGUUUUUCCAGUUUUCCAUUUGAAGAAACUUUGACCAUGUACAGUAAUUUGUAAACUUGCAUCAAGUUUAUGAAUAAAGAAUUUUAAAA